AUGCCUAAAAUCAAGACAUCAAGAAAGAAAUACCCAGAAGGAUGGGCAAACGUACAACUAACAUUGGACGAAUUCCAAAUAAAGAUGAGAGAAGUCGAGAAUGAAUCACAUGAAGGAAAGAAAAAGAAUGAGUUAAUGUGGGGAAUCUUUAAGAUUCAUCAUCAGAGAUCGAAAUACAUAUACGAGUUGUUCUACAAAAAGAGAGAGAUUAGCAGAGAAUUGUACGAAUUUUGUCUAAACGAAGGAUAUGCAGACAAGAACCUCAUAGCAAAGUGGAAGAAACUUGGUUAUGAACGAUUAUGUUGUUUGAAAUGCAUUCAAACGAAAGAAAACAGUGGAUCUACUUGUAUUUGCAGAGUACCAAGAGAAAAGUUGGAAGAAGAAAAGACUAUUGAAUGUCAAUCAUGUGGAUGUAAAGGAGUAUGUCUAAACUGUGGAGCAAUCAAUCAGUUUAUAUCAUUCAUUUGUGCAACCGAUGAUUAA